AUGGAUCAACCGCACCAGACAUCUUCGACGCAGCGAGGCCGACCUCGACAGCGCUCGGCCGUCGCCUGUACCUGGUGUCAUUCAAGGCGCGUGAAGUGCAAUGCCGCAGCAAAGGGGACGCCAUGUUCCAACUGCGAGGUCGCCGGCCGCAGCUGCAUGCUCAUUGAGAGCAAAAGAGGCAAGAAGAGAAAGGUGUCGACCUCUCCUUCUGCUAUUCAACGCGACCUGUCGAGCAUUGCACAAGCCUCCUCCCCCGCGGAGACCACCUCUGGGCAUGGCAAUGUUUACGAUCCUCUCAAAGGAGUGAGGAACCUGCCAAAGAAGCCGCAGGAUAGCCGCCCUCGCACAGCAUCCACGUCGACGUGUGUCCCUGACAAGCCUGAUUUGGGACAAGAGUCUCAAGAAACACUCUAUGCUCAAGUCCUUGACAAGGCGACCAACGCGGGCAUGCUGCCGGAUGUCAAAGGAGGCGUGGUCCAUGUCAUGUACAUGGGAGAGACCUUCAACUUGACGCAUCUGUUGCGCCAGACUAAUCCUGAUUCUGCUCGGUCUACACGGAAAAGGCACUACGUAGUCCGAUUCAACCCCAAGAAUCGAACGUCCAGUCCUGUAGAGGAGGAAGAGGACAAUGUCCUGACGUCGUUUCUUCAGCAUCAAGGAUGCUUUAACAUACCGUCCGUCCAUACUUGCUACCAGCUGUUUCAGACCUAUUUCGAAUACGUCCAUCCUCAUUAUCCUGUGAUUGAUCGCGAAGACUUUGCUGCUCAAUACAUUGAUCUCAAAAACCCAGCAUCGUAUCUCUUACUACAGAGUGUCUUGUUCAUGGCGUCGGGGCAUUGUGAGCUGUCUGUCCUCCUGGAUGCUGGAUUUGAAUCGAGAUAUCACGCUCGGAAGACAUUCUUCCAGCGAGCAAAAGCUCUUUACGACAACGACCAUGAACCGAACAAGGUCACUGUCGUCCAAGCUGUCUUCCUCAUCAGCUUUUGGUGGAACGGACCAACAGAUCAAAAGGACACAUGGCACUGGCUAGGUAUAGCAAUUAGCCUGGCACUGACGCUAGGCAUGCAUCGAUCAACACAACACUCAGACAUGAAGCGAAAAGAUCGAUGCCUGUGGAAAAAGAUCUGGUGGUCACUCUUCGCCGAAGACAAACAUGCUGCCACGGCACUUGGUCGGCCAGUUCAUAUUCGACGAAGAGAUUGCGACGUGGAACCCCUCGAUAUCGCCGAUUUCGACGAACCUCCAGUCUCAAGGGCGGAUAUCUUUGGCACCCCUGAACGCGUCGACGGGCUUUAUGUCAUUGCAUUGGUCGAGCUUUCGACAAUUGCUGAGAGCAUCGUGGAAAGAUCCUUUACCGCUUUCAAUGCCACAACCUCGGAUAAUGCCGAUAUGUUUCAGUCUUGCUCUCAUGCGCUCGAGCAGUGGAAGUCGGGGCUCCCGCUCGAACUGCGGAUCGAGUACACCAGUACAUGUCUUUGGACGAGCAUGCUGCACAUUGCACACAGUUGGUUUGAGAUCGUCACCCACCGGUCCAUUUCACCGCAGAACCUGUCUCCGCCUUCGAUGAAGACUGCGCAUUUUCUUGCCAUGGAUGCGGCGAAUCGCAUGGUCCGCAUUGUCGAAGAACUUCUCUCACAGUCUCAUAUUCUACACUGCCCAAUUCACAUCGUUCCAGCUCUAUUCGCCGCCAUGGGGAUGCAAGCCGUCGAUAUCUGCUCUGGCCAGUCGAUCCUGGAACAGCUUGGUGUCGUCAAGGUAAGACUGGCGAUGAUCGCCCUGCGCGAGUUGCAGAGCACAUGGCCGGUAAGCGGCUGGAUCUUCCGCCUCUUCGCAAAGAUCGUCCGGAGAAUUCGAAACGGGGACGAGCUGCUCCCCAACGAGCCUGUCAACGCAUCACCCGUUCAGAUGAAGAGCCACGAACAUCUCAAUAAUGAAGGCGUAAGUCCAGCGGCAGCACAACAACAAAGCCAGUUGAUGGACCACCAGCAGCAGCCACCAUUGGUAAGCGGCAAAUCUCAAUAUGGACAAGACCCCAGCCUUGCGCAGAUCUACACGAUGUCGAACCACUCGGCGGGUCGAUACCUUUUCCCCGAAGCAUCGAACCUUGCAAUGCCGGUCAGUUAUCCAGCUGACUGGGGUACCAUACUCGACGACGGAGCAUGGGCCGACUUGGAGUACGAAUUUUAA